CCCUUUUUUCUGCAACGAAUAUUAUUUUUCCUCGUGUCACGGCGAGGAUCAGAGGCACCCCUUCUGUCCCUUCUACUCUCCACUUCCCCUUUACCUAAAAAUAAACCCUCCGAAACUCCACUCCUUGCCGGGACCUUAAUAACUCCUCUCUGAGCUUCUCUGAUAAAACUCAAAAGCAAAAGGAUAAUGAAGAGAUUGAAGAGUUACUACAUGCACUUACGCCACCACCAAAACAUGGAAAGAAAAUGGAUCUUUCCAUUAGCGAUUGGCUCUCUAGUUUCUCUCUUCCUUCUCUUCCUUACAACAGUUACUACCUCUGACGGCAUCUCUGUUUUCCCUUUCUACCGUUCUUUCUCUUCUCUCAGCUCUAAAUUUGUUGAAACAAAAAUCCACCCACUACCCAUUUCGAAUCUUCCUCCACCCCCUCGAUUUGCCUAUGUAAUCUCUGGUUCCGCUGGUGAUGCCAACAUGUUGAAGAGGACUUUACAAGCUCUUUACCAUCCCAACAACCAAUAUGUUGUUCAUUUGGACAGGGAAUCCUCGACUCAGGAGAGAUUAGAUCUAAGCAAUUUUGUUAAACACCAUCCUGUUUUUCUCAGGUUCGGCAAUGUAAGAAUGAUCAGUAAAGCUAAUCUUGUUACUUAUAGAGGACCCACUAUGGUUGCUAAUACAUUACAUGCUGCUGCUAUCUUGUUGAGAGAAGGUGGAGCUUGGGAUUGGUUUAUUAAUCUUAGUGCAUCUGAUUAUCCACUUGUUACACAGGAUGAUCUGUUGCAUACAUUUUCAUAUCUGCCACGGGAUCUUAAUUUUAUUGAUCAUACAAGUGACAUUGGAUGGAAAGAGUUUCAAAGGGCGAAACCAAUAAUUAUAGAUCCCGGGUUGUAUAUGACAAAGAAAGCUGAUGUUUUUUGGAUUACACAGAGGAGGAGUGUCCCAACAGCAUUUAAAUUAUUUACAGGUUCUGCCUGGAUGGCACUAUCCCGACCUUUUAUUGAUUACACCAUAUGGGGAUGGGAUAAUAUACCUCGAACUGUACUCAUGUACUAUGCCAACUUUAUAUCUUCCCCAGAAGGUUACUUCCACACUGUCAUUUGCAAUUCUCCACAAUUUCUCAAUACCACUGUGAAUAGCGAUCUGCAUUUCAUAUCUUGGGACAACCCACCGAAGCAGCAUCCACAUCACCUCAACCUUGCUGACAUGCAAAGGAUGAUUGACAGCAAUGCUCCAUUUGCUAGAAAGUUCCCCCAAGACGAUCCUGUGCUUGACAAGAUUGAUUCUGAGCUCUUGUCUCGUGGUCCAGGCAUGUUUACUCCUGGUGGUUGGUGCAUAGGCAGUAGGGAGAAUGGAACUGAUCCAUGCUCUGUUAUUGGUAACACAACUGUCCUGAGACCUGGCCCUGGAGCUAAAAGGUUGCAGUCAUUGAUCAGCUCUCUGCUAUCAAAUGAAAAUUUCCAACCAAGACAGUGCAAGUAACGUAUAUGUAAAGCAAAGAUAUAUUUGUGAUACCAUGGGGUUACUUUCUUGGGAAGAGCGGAGACUCUGAUCCAGGUAAUAUGUAUUGCCUCUAGCAGGAUGAAAGAAAUGCGGAGGUAUACUCAGUCUCUCUUAUAGACUGAUAUUGGCAUAAUGAAUUGUGUGGGGCAUAUAUCAAUUAUAGAGCUGGGAUUUCUUUAACACAGUAGUAUUAUGGUAUAGAUGACGACUCAUCCUUGUGACUAGGCAACCCAAUUUUCUUGUUUUUACCCUUUCUUAACAUCUGUAUUUUCCAUGAUUGAAUCACUCAUUAUCUUUAUAUCUUGUGCUAGAUUGAUGAUGAGAUCGAAGCACAUAUGUCAAAAUUAAUGUUAGAAAAGAGGAGGGAGAAUUCCAUGGAAUUUUACUGUAUGAUUCCUUGUAUCAAACUGAUUUACGGUAACAGCUACAACUCGGUGUAUAUCGGGAAAGAAAACUCUUGAAAUCA